AGAGCCGUGUUAUGGGUGACCUUAUUGCACGGUUCAGAGAGCACUUGUGUAUGUGAUGCAAGUGAACGUGUACGAAAAAGCUGUCGUAAAGUUUUGUUGUUUGUUCCGUCGUUGACCCUAUCUAUGUUUCUACGAUGGCCCAAGAACACGCUCAUUCUUCAGCCGUAGAGAGACUUUUGAAUUGUGAGGUACCAUUACGAGCGCAAUAUAUAAGAGUGUUAUUCUGUGAAAUAACUCGAAUUUCAAAUCAUUCACUUGCUUCAACUACUCAUGCUAUGGAUGUGGGAGCAUCAACUCCGUUCCUUUGGGCUUUUGAGGAGCGGGAGAAAUUGUUGGAAUUCUAUGAAAGAGUCCCGGGAGCCAGGAUGCGUGCUAGUUUCAUACGACCUGGUGGAGUGGCACAAGAUCUGCCUCUUGGCUUACGUCGAGAUAUUGGUUCCUCCACACAACAAUUUGCUUCUUGUAUCGACGAAUUAGAAGAGAUGUCAACCGGCAACCAUAUCUGGAAACAACGAUUAGUGGAUAUUGGUACUGUCACUACACAUCAAGCAAAAGAUUGGGGAUUCAGUGGUGUAAUGUUAAGAGGUCGUGCGACAUGA